AUGUCGACAUCGUUUUUAAACUUAACUGGAGACGAACAGCGGAAAACACUCGGACAAUUAAUCUGCUCGGCUGUAGUAACAAACGCAAUACCUUACCAAGUAGUAUAUAUCGCAGCGGUUAAUGUAUUUCUGUCCAUUACUGCAAUUCUGGAAAAUACUCUGAUACUCUUUGCCUUACACAAGGAGUCUUCGCUGCAUCCGCCAUCCAAACUUCUCCUCCGAAGCUUAGCAACGACCGAUUUGUGUGUGGGGCUCAUUGCCCAACCUGUGUAUGCCAGCUAUCAGAUAAGUCUCGCACAGGGACACUGGUCUGUUUGUCGCUUCAAAUUCGACGUAAGUUUUUUAGCUGGUUAUGUACUAUGUUCAAUGUCUUUGUUGACAAUAGCUGCAAUAAGCGUGGACAGACUUGCCGCCUUGUCUUUGGGCAUCAGGUAUCGACAAGUUGUAACUUUGAAACGAGCUCAUAUUUUUGUCGGUUCCUUUUGGGUCGUAUCCCUUUGCGCCGCAGGGAUCUACUUCUGGAACUACCUGCUAACAACAUCGUAUUGUUACAUAUUGAUAUCAGUUUGUUUAGGGACAUCUGUGGUCUCCUAUACCAAGAUUUUCUUGGUUCUCCGUCGUCAACAAACUCAGAUAGAGAAUCAGAGCAAUCAGGACCAAACCAUAAGUCCUUUGAACAUGGCUCGGUACAAAAAGGCAGUAAACAGUGCAUUGUGGCUGCAAGCUGCAUUAACCAUUUGUUAUAUGCCUCACGGUGUCGUGGAAGCGUUGCUGACAUUUUUGGGAACAACUUGGUAUUUCGUUUUAGCACGAAAUUUUACAGCAUCUUUAGUUUUCAUGAAUUCAUCGUUAAAUCCGAUUCUUCAUUGCUGGAAAAUUAAAGAAGUGAGACAAUCUGUACAGGGGACAGUUCAACAACUUUAUUCUUUGUUGAAAAGUCCGUUCAGUUCUCGUGUGGAAUCUACGAAUUCCAAUUAA